AGGAAAAAUGUAGGUUUUUGAUUAUACAGCAGACAAGAGAUACUUUAAAGGAUUAAGUCCAAUGUCCGUGCGGUGAAGUACAAACUGGGACCGGAAAGGUUGACCCAGAUCGGAUCGGAUUCAAAUGUACGGCUGCCUGUGACUGAAAAGUCGGAGAUUUUAGUUCAAGUCGAAGUAUGGAAGUGAGUGCAGAAAAAGAAGAAAAUGAAGAUGAAGAUAAAAAUGAAAGUAAAAGAAAAAAAGAAAAUAUAGACAUGGGGAUUCAGGCUGGAGCACCUUCUUUAAAAAUGGUCAGAUUUCAUAGAGAAUCUGGAGAAUCUUUAUCUUCCCCAUCAAGAUCAUCUAGACGAAAAUAUUCUCAUUCAUCACAGAAAUAUCAAAGUUUACUAUCUGCCCUUCCUCCCUCCAACAUUGAUUCAGAAAACUCCUCUACAGAAAGUCUGGUAGUAGGCUGGGUAGUUGGUUUUAUUCUACUAGUUUGUAUACUUCUAAUCAUUUUAACCCUAAACCUCUCUCCGGUUUCAGUGGAAUCUCCAGGUAUCAAUAUUUUAUAGAAUUUUCAAGCUACUUUUUUAAAUGAACUUUGCAAUUAAUACUUUUAAGUAAUUCCUAAGUCUUUUUCUUAGACUUUUUAAAAAUCUAAU